AGCUGGGAAAGGAGUUUUUUCAGCCAUGAAGCUUGGCAAGACGCGCCCGACAAAGGAUGACCAUCGGAAACAAGAUGAACCCGCUGUUUUGGAGGCAGAAGACCUGGACCGAAAAGCCAUGAGACAGGGAUGUGGACUGGAGCCAGACACCAUCUCCCUGGCCUCCGUCACAGCUGUCACCACCAAUGUCUCGAAUAAGAGGUCCAAGCCUGACAUCAAAAUGGAGCCGAGUGCUGGGAGGCCAAUGGAUUACCAGGUCAGCAUCACCGUCAUCGAGGCCAGGCAGCUUGUUGGGCUCAACAUGGACCCUGUGGUCUGCGUGGAGGUUGGAGAGGAAAAGAAAUACACGUCCAUGAAGGAAUCGACCAAUUGCCCUUACUACAAUGAGUACUUCGUCUUCGAUUUCCACGUCCCCCCAGAUGUCAUGUUCGACAAGAUCAUCAAGCUGUCUGUGAUCCACUCAAAAAACCUUCUGCGCAGUGGGACUUUGGUGGGCUCCUUCAAGAUGGACGUCGGAACUGUUUAUACCCAACCUGAGCACCAGUUCUACCACAAAUGGGCCAUCCUUUCUGACCCUGAGGAUCUCACCGCUGGGCUGAAGGGUUACCUGAAGUGUGGGAAAGGGGACAACAUCAAGACACCACACAAAGCCAACGAGACAGACGAGGAUGAUAUCGAAGGGAACCUCCUCCUCCCAGAUGGAGUCCCUCCGGAGAGGCAGUGGGCUCGUUUCUACAUCAAGAUCUAUCGAGCAGAGGGGCUGCCCCGUAUGAACACCAGCAUCAUGGCCAACGUGAAGAAGGCUCUCAUUGGGGAGAACAAGGACUUGGUAGACCCCUACGUGCAGGUGGUCUUUGCAGGGCAGAAGGGAAAGACAUCCAUACAAAAAAGCAGCUAUGAACCUCUCUGGAAUGAGCAAAUAAUCUUCACGGAAAUGUUCCCCCCGUUGUGCAAGCGGAUAAAGAUCCAGAUCCGAGACUCAGACAAAGUCAACGAUGUGGCCAUUGGUACCCAUUUCAUUGAUUUGCGGAAGAUCUCUAACGAGGGAGACAAAGGCUUCCUGCCCACCUUUGGCCCCGCGUGGGUGAACAUGUACGGCUCCACUCGGAACUACACCCUGAUGGACGAGCACCAAGAGCUGAACGAGGGUCUGGGCGAAGGCGUCUCCUUCCGGGCCAGGCUUUUGAUGAGCCUUGGCGUGGAGAUCUUGGACACCAGCAACCCGGAGAUCAACAGUUCCACCGAGGUGCAAGUCGAGCAGGCCACCUCAAUUGCUGAUAACUGCACUGGGAAGAUGGAAGAGUUCUUUCUCUUUGGAGCCUUCCUGGAAGCUACCAUGAUCGACAGGAAGAUUGGCGACAAACCCAUCAACUUCGAGGUCACAAUAGGUAACUAUGGGAACCAGAUUGACGGCAUGACCAAACCCAUCCUACGGAGGAAGAAAGAGGGAGGGGAUGGUGAUGAGGAGGAAUCCGAGCUGCUCCAGAACUCAAGUGAGGAUGAAGGUGAUGAGGAUGGAGAGAUGGUCUCUGUUUCUUCAUCUCAACCCGUGAAGCCCCUGGUCACAGACAGGAACUACUUCCACCUGCCGUACUUUGAGAAGAAGCCUUGCAUCUAUAUCAAGAGCUGGUGGCAGGACCAGCGCCGCAGAUUGUAUAAUGCCAACAUCAUGGACAAGAUUGCGGACAAGCUGGAGGAAGGGCUCAACGACGUGCAGGAAAUGAUCAAGACGGAGAAGCCGCACCCUGAGCGCCGGCUCCGAGGGGUCCUGGAGGAGCUGAGCAGUGGGUGCUUGCGCUUCGUGACGUUGGCUGACAAGGACCAGCACCACUCUUCCCGCACGAGGCUGGACCGGGAGAGACUCAAAUCCUGCAUGCGGGAGCUGGAGAACAUGGGGCAGCAAGCCGCGACUCUGCGGUCACAGGUGAAGAAGAACACCAUGAAAGACAAGCUGAAGCUGGUGCAAAACUUCCUGCAGAAACUCCGGUUCUUGGCAGACGAGCCCCAGCACACUAUUCCCGACAUCUUCAUCUGGAUGAUGAGCAACAACAAGCGCAUUGCCUACGCCCGCAUCCCUUCCAAGGAUAUCCUCUACUCCAUCGUGGACGAGGAGAUGGGCAAGGACUGCGCCAAAGUGAAGACCAUCUUCCUCAAGCUACCUGGAAAGAGGGGCUUUGGACCUGCUGGCUGGACAGUUCAGGCCAAGAUGGAGAUGUACUUGUGGUUGGGCCUCAACAAACAGCGCAAAGACUUCUUGAGUGGCCUGCCCUGUGGCUUCAAGGAGAAGAAGACCGCCAGAGGCCAAAACCUGCCAUCCUUCCCACCCAUCAGCCUCCUUUACACCAAGAAGCAGGUUUUCCAGCUGCGAGCCCACAUGUACCAAGCCAGGAGUUUAUUUGCAGCCGACAGCAGCGGCCUUUCGGACCCCUUUGCACGAGUCUUCUUCAUCUCCCAGAGCCAAUGCACCGAGGUUCUCAACGAGACCCUUUGCCCAACCUGGGACCAGCUGCUGGUCUUUGACAACGUGGAGCUGUACGGAGAAGCUCAUGAGAUGCGGGAUGACCCUCCCAUAAUUGUCAUUGAGAUCUACGACCAGGACACAGUGGGCAAAGCUGACUUCAUGGGCCGCACCUUUGCCAAACCGGUGGUGAAGAUGUCAGAUGAGCACUACUGCCCUCCCCGCUUCCCCCCGCAGCUGGAGUACUACCAGAUCUACCGGGGAAACUCCACAGCGGGCGACCUGCUGGCUGCCUUCGAGCUGCUCCAGAUUGGCCCUGGGGGAAAGUCAGACCUGCCGCCAAUCGACGGCCCCACCGACAUGGACCGGGGCCCCAUCCUGCCGGUGCCACUGGGGAUUCGGCCAGUACUGAGUAAAUACAGAGUGGAGAUCUUGUUUUGGGGGCUCAGGGAUCUGAAGAGAGUGAACCUGGCUCAGGUAGACCGGCCCCGUGUGGACAUUGAGUGUGCUGGGAAGGGGGUGCAGUCAGCCCUCAUCCAGAACUACAAGAAAAACCCCAACUUCAGCACUUUGGUCAAGUGGUUCGAAGUGGACCUCCCGGAGAAUGAGCUGCUCCAUCCACCCCUCAACAUCCGGGUGGUGGACUGCCGGGCCUUUGGGCGUUACACCUUGGUGGGGUCCCACGCUGUCAGCUCCCUCCGAAAGUUCAUCUACCGCCCACCGGAUAAGAAAGCCCAGCACUGGAAUAUGACAGCUAAGCACCUCAACGGCUAUCUGGCCAUGACCAACAGGGCCCAUCGCUCUCGCCCCACAGGGGAGAUUGUUGUCAAUAUGGAACCUGAGGUUCCCAUCAAGAAGAUGGAGACGAUGGUGAAGCUGGAAGCUAACUCGGACGCAGUGGUGAAGGUGGAUGUGACUGAGGAAGAGAAGGAGAAAAAGAAAAAGAAGAAGAAAGGAGGAGGAGGAGGGGAGGAAGUAGAAGAGGAGGAGCCGGACGAGAGCAUGCUGGACUGGUGGUCCAAGUACUUUGCUUCGAUUGAGACUAUGAAGGAGCAACUCCGGCAGCAGGAAGCAGCCGCGGCAGAAGCGGAGGAGAAGGAAGAAAUGGAGAUUGCAGAGGGCUCCAAGGGUCAGGCAAAGAACAAGGAGAAGUCCAAGGCACCCAAAGACGAUAAGAAAAAGAAGCAACAGUCAGCCCCUGAGCUUCCCGAGAAGAAGAACAAGCAGAAGAUUGACGAACUGAAGGUCUUCAAUAAAGAGCUGGAAACAGAGUUUGAUAACUUUGAGGACUGGCUGCACACCUUCAACCUGCUCCGUGGGAAGAUCGGGGACAACGAUGACAAUGCAACAGAAGAGGAGCGAAUAGUGGGGAGGUUCAAAGGCUCCAUGUGUGUCUACAAAGUGCCGCUCCCUGAUGAUAUCACCAAGGAGGCAGGAUACGACCCCAACUUCGGCAUGUUCCAGGGAAUCCCCAGCAACGACCCCAUCAAUGUGCUGGUCCGAGUCUAUAUUGUGCGGGCCACAGACCUUCACCCAGCUGACAUCAAUGGGAAAGCUGACCCUUAUAUUGCCAUCAAGCUGGGGAAGACGGACAUCAAAGACAAGGAGAACUACAUCUCCAAGCAGUUGAACCCUGUCUUCGGAAAAUCCUUUGACAUCGAGGCCACCUUCCCCAUGGAGUCGAUGCUGACGGUGUCGGUGUACGACUGGGAUUUGGUGGGGACCGACGACCUCAUCGGAGAGACCAAGAUUGAUCUGGAGAACCGCUACUACAGCAAGCACCGAGCUACUUGUGGGGUGUCACAGACUUACUCCAUACAUGGUUAUAAUACCUGGCGUGACCCCAUGAAGCCCUCCCAAAUCCUGUCCAAGCUGUGCAAAGAGGGCAAGGUGGAUGGGCCGCACUUUGGGCCAGGAGGAAGAGUGAAAGUUGCCAACAGGGUCUUCACCGGCCCCACGGAGAUUGAGGAUGAAAAUGGUCAGAAGAAGCAGACGGAUGAACACCUGGCCCUGACCGUGCUGCGCCACUGGGAAGACAUCCCACGGGCAGGCUGCAAGCUGGUCCCUGAGCACGUGGAGAUCCCUGACAAACCGGGCAUCGAGCAGGGUCGCCUGGAGAUGUGGGUGGACAUGUUCCCCAUGGACAUGCCAGCGCCUGGCCCUGCCAUUGAUAUUUCUCCCAGGAAACCAAAGAAAUAUGAGCUUAGAGUGAUAGUGUGGAACACAGACGAGGUCAUCCUGGAGGACGAUGACUACUUCACUGGCGAGAAAUCCAGUGACAUUUUUGUCAGGGGGUGGUUGAAGGGUCAGCAGGAGGACAAGCAAGACACGGACGUCCAUUACCACUCACUCACUGGUGAAGGCAACUUCAACUGGCGCUACAUCUUCCCCUUUGACUACCUGAUGGCGGAGGAGAAGAUCGUCAUCUCCAAGAAGGAGUCCAUGUUCUCCUGGGAUGAGACCGAGUACAAGAUCCCAGCUCGCCUCACCCUGCAGGUCUGGGAUGCUGACCACUUCUCGGCCGAUGAUUUCCUCGGUAAGCGGGGGGGGAAAGUCGAGGCUGAACUGCACCUUCUGACGGCAGAGGAGGCAGAGAAAUCCCCCGCGGGGCUGGCUCGCAACGAGCCUGAUCCACUGGAGAAACCCAACCGCCCGGACACGUCCUUCAUCUGGUUCCUGAACCCGCUCAAGUCCAUCAAAUACCUCAUCUGCACGCGCUACAAGUGGCUCAUCAUCAAAAUCGUGCUGGCCCUCUUGCUCCUCAUCAUGAUCGCCCUCUUCCUCUACAGCAUGCCAGGCUACAUGGUCAAGAAGCUGCUGGGAGCGUGA